AACGUUUUUUCAUUCACUUUCUAUCAUUGCGCAACACUCAUUGCUACUGUUACUGUAUCUCCCUUUCCUCUCUCAAUAAAUUUCCAUUCUUUUUCUCUUUUUCUUCCAAACCCUUCAACCAUUUUUGAAAGCAAGAAGAAAAAGAAGAAGAAAAAGUGGGAACAAACAACCCUUUGAAGAAUUCUUCAUUCUUCAACCUUUGGCUAUUUGGUUGAAACUUGAAAGUUUCUUAUCAGAAUGACGUUUGAAAGAAACUCUCCGGCGAAGUACAUGACGCCACCUUCAUCGUGGAAGAAUUCUUCAAAGCCUUUACGUUCUCCUACUGUUCCUUUUUCAGAGAGAAAGAAAUCACCUGCUUCUGUCAAUAAAGAUGAUCUUUUUCAUGUAAUUCAUAAGGUUCCUUCUGGAGAUUCUCCUUAUGUUAAGGCUAAACAGGUUCAGUUAGUGGAAAAAGAUCCGGGUAGAGCAAUUUCCCUUUUCUGGGCUGCCAUUAAUGCUGGCGAUCGCGUUGAAAGUGCCUUGAAAGACAUGGCCUUAGUUAUGAAGCAACUGAACCGGUCUGAUGAGGCAAUUGAAGCGAUCAAAUCUUUCCGACAUCUGUGCCCUUCUGAUUCUCAGGAAUCUCUUGACAACAUCUUGGUUGAACUCUAUAAGAGGUCUGGAAGGGCUGAUGAAGAGAUUGAGAUGCUUCAUCACAAGUUGAAGCAAAUUGAAGAUGGUAUGACAUUUGUAGGAAGGUCAACAAAACAAGCAAGAUCUCAAGGAAAGAAAGUUCAAAUAACUGCUGAACAAGAGAUUUCAAGGAUACUCGGGAACUUGGCUUGGGCUUACUUGCAAAAGGGCGACUAUAAAACCUCUGAAGAACAUUAUAGAAAAGCACUUUCCUUUGAGGUUGAUAGGAACAAACAGUGCAAUUUGGCGAUAUGUUUGAUGCAAAUGAACAAGAUUACAGAAGCAAGAUUUCUACUUCAAGCAGUAACCACGGCGACAAAAAACAGAAAGAUGGACGAUUCUUUCGUCAAGUCUUAUGAACGCGCAAUGCAAAUGCUGCAGGAGAUGGAGUCAACAGCACCAUCAAUGGAUUCAGUCAAAGAUAAAGGAGAUAAUAAAUUUAAUGAAAGUCAGAAAUUUUCAGGGAGGAAUAUGUCAUCACAGUACUCCACACCGAAUUCGGAGAACUCAAGUGGAAAGAACACUGAUACGGCUAAAAGUAGGACAGAAAAUAAUUGGUUAGAUGUCAAAGAAUCUCAUCAUUCUCAUGCUAGGAGAAGAUUAUACGAGUCUCCUGAUCCUGCGAAGGUUCCUCCUUACACAAAACCAAAAAAACCUUCAUGGGGUUUCACUAAUCAUUCUGAUUCUAAACCUUCAUCUGUGAGUUAUCCUAAUGAGAAGGUUCCUUACAUAAUUAAGCCAAACUUGGCACCGAAUGAGUCUCUUCCGCAUAUCGAUGGAAAUUGGAGGACAAGGACACCAGAAGAUGAUACCACUGUAGUAAAAUAUGGACCUAAAACAACAGUAAAACAAGGAAAUACAACAACAGUUUUCGGUUCUGGUUCGAUACAUCCUUUGAACACAGAAGCAGCUAUGAAAUUCGCAAAGAAUGAAAACAGCAAAUCUGAUAUGAAUGGAGCCAGUGAAAGGUUUUCAGCUUCUGUUGAUACAACAGACCAAAAUCAAGGAAAAAAGCCGGAGCAGAAGAAAAGUUGGGCAGAUAUGGUGGAAGAAGAACAACAAUAUGAAGAAUAUGAAUUGUUCUAUAAGAAUAAUGGAUAUUCAAAUUUUGAUGCUGAAGUGUUUCGUAAUGAAAAUGAAAACUCAAACAUAGUCUAUCAACCUCCUUCUCGCGAAACCGGAAGUUUAAGCAAAAAUCUUGAGUUAUUAAAGUUGAAAGAUGGAUAUAAUGGUACACCUGUGAAUGAUAGUUGGUCGAGGAAUCCAGCGGUAAGGCGUUCGUUGUUUAUGAAUCCGGAAAUGACAAGUGAAACAAGGAGAGUCAGGUUACAGGUUUUUGAGGAUAUUACUCCUUCAUGAUGAAACCUGAAAUAAACUUUUGCCAUAAGAUUUAUUUGUCUCAUGAAGUGACCAAAUGUCCUUAAGAUUUUAUUGGCUUUUUUGAUUAGAGGAUAAUCAUGGUUAAGCAUUGAAUGGAAGGGAUUUUUUGUUUGAUUAGUAGUUUAGCUUAGCUUAUUCUUUGAUUGAUAUUCAUUGUGUUGAUGAUUCCAUAUACUGUAAAAUAAUUUCAUCAAUUGUAUUGAAACUGAAAGAGUGGAGAUUUUUCUUGUACACACAGAUUUGAAUAGCUUCAUUACUUGUGCUAUAUACUAA